AUGCCUCGUAAGCAAAAGACAGCCGAAUCCGUCAUCCAGGAUCGCGAGAAUCAGCGCCGGUCUCGCGCGCGCCGCCGCGACUACAUCGAGCACCUAGAGGCGCGUGUCCGAGAGUACGAGAAAGCGGGCGCGCAGGCAACGAUUGAAAUGCAGAAAGCUGCUCGCGCCGUCCAAGCCGAAAACCGGUCGUUGCGUGCGAUUCUCGCCUCUUACGGGCUUUCACCUGCUGCCAUCCAGAUGAAAAUCGACGAGGAAGCCAAAAAGGCAGAGCUUUCUUCUUCCUCUGAUUCGCAAGUCCAUCCGGAACCCACCACACCAUUAGAGAAACCGUGCGAGGAGGCCGCCGCUAUUCUUGCUCAGCUAGGGAAUGGAUCGGACUCUUCCUCGAUUCGCGACUUGCUCGGCUGUGUUGGGGAGGGGAAGUGCUUUGUUAGGAAUACGGAACUGAUGCAGAUCAUGGAACAAGAAACGCAACGGUAA